GGUAACAUGAGCAGCCUGGAACACCUGGUGUUUGACAACAGAGCUAUGAAGAGUCUUCCCACAGAUCCGGAGACUCAAAACGAUGUCAGGAGUGUGGCAGGUCGGCUUCUAUCGCUGCUGUUUGGUGCGUGCUUUUCCGUGUCCGACCCACACCUCUGAGCAAUCCUCGACUUGUGGCCCACUCUCCGUCUGCCCUCCAUCUUCUGGGACUCUCUCCUGACCAGGUGUCACGACCAGAGUUUGUGGAGUACAUGAGUGGGAACAAGAUACUGCCAGGCUCAGAGCCGGCCUCUCACUGCUACUGUGGCCACCAGUUUGGACACUUCUCUGGACAACUGGGAGAUGGCUGUGUUUUUCUGCUCUGUUUCAAAGCUAGAGCGCUUCCGCCAUUGUACGGCUAAUGCUAGUCGGCCAUUUUUAUCGCUGCGGAAAACGCGCAUGCGCUUAUAUGCUUUAACCUCGACCGGGUCCGCUUGCUCUGUGUAUCUUGAAGGCACAAGAAGUCACAACGAAGGGCGUGUAUCGACUCUCGCAUACUUUCUACUACUGCAGCUAGCCCAUGUCAGACUCUCUGCGAGCUACUAGCGGGAGAUCGUGAGUAAACGCAUACUAAUAGCAGCCCAGCCCAUCAAUUAGCGGUACCGCGCAUCCCCAGUUCGCCGAGGGUUUGCACUUUAGUGCUUUUCAUUGUUUAUUAGUAUCUACAAUGCAGGCUUUCACCAUCCAGGGUGUGAUUAUGGCAUACCGGGGCUUUUGCUCUCUCUCUCUCACACACACACACACUCUCUCUCUCAGCUACCUGGGAGAGGUGGUGGGUUCAGGAGGUCAGAGGUGGGAGCUGCAGUUAAAGGGAUCGGGGAGGACCCCCUACUCAAGGUUUGCUGAUGGCAGGAAGCUCCUCCGCUCCUCAAUCAGAGAAUUCCUCUGCUCUGAGGCCAUGCAUUAUCUUGAAAUUCCAACUACAAGAGCUGGUUCCUGUAUCACAUCAGAUGACACUGUGACCAGAGACAUUCUCUACAGUGGCAACCCCAUCCAGGAGAGGUGUACUGUCAUCACCAGAAUUGCCCCCACCUUUAUCAGAUUUGGAUCAUUUGAGAUAUUCAAGGCGAGGGAUAGGGAGACAGGUGUCACUCAGUCCUACUACCCUCAGGUAUGUAUCUUUCUCACAUCAUCUUUUUUAAGCCAAUUUCUGAGUUACAUAACACCCUGUGCAGAGCCAGAGGACAGGAGAGCCAGGACUGCUCUCUUCUUCAGAGAUCUGUGUGUGAGGACUGCCCACCUAGUGUCUGCCUGGCAGUGUGUCGGCUUCUGCCAUGGG